CGUUGUCGGUAUAGUUUUUAUCUCUUUCGCGUCUCUAUCGACUCUCUCUUGAGUGACUCGAAUGUGACAUGGCGUCCAUCAAGAUAUAUCACGGCCUCCUGUAAAACUGUUUUAAUGACAGUGGGCUUUUAUUGCAUUUUAUUUCAGAGGCCGUAAUAAAUAGUACAUUUGCAUUGAUGGUAAUGCAUGCAAGGAAACCUCAGCGAAUAAGCGAUGGGUACUUUGAGAAGCACCAGACCCAUCCAUAUCAAAAGUACAAUUCCAAGAGAACUGUUAAUGACUACAGUACUUCUGACAACCGCUACACACCACUUAGAUCCCCCAAUGGCAAUGUCUCGGGCCAUGGGCAUGGUGGUCAUGCGGGACACACGGGCCAUUCUGGGCAUGGUCAUCACCACUACAGUCACAUGGCUGAAGAAAGAGAAUAUAUUACACACACAUCAAGAAAUUCCUAUAUCCAGAAGGGUUCCGAAAAGGAGAGAGAUAGAGACUACAAAUCGUCUAGAAAUAAGUAUACAGAUGUCAGAUCCCCGAAGGAGAAACGUAUCAAAGACAGUGAGAGGGAGAAAAAUAACCAUGAAAGAUGUGAAUCGGAGAAGAAAAGUAGGACUAGUGGCUUGAGUAGUAGUGUUAAUAGAAGUAGUAAAUAUGACAAAAGAAGUGCCCCAUGCUCGUCAAGCGUGCCUUCAGGCAGUGAAUGGUCAGAACACAUUAGUUCAUCUGGAAAGAAGUAUUAUUAUAAUUGUAUCAGUGAAGUGUCACAGUGGGAAAAGCCUAGGGAAUGGGAAACUAGAAGAACAUCAUCCAAAGAAACUUAUACAACAAGGAACAAUCGUGAACGAGACAAGAGAUCGAGUUCGAGAUCGGGGCGAAGAGAAUCGGAAAAAACAAAUAAACGGUCGAAUAGUACGUCGGAAAGAUAUUGGAGCGGUGGCAGGGAGGAGGACGGGCACGAGAGAACGCGGCAGAAGCACGCGGCCUCGCAGCACGACGGCAAAGAUGGACAAUCUUUACAAGACAUGGAUAUAUCACCAGACAGGAGCACGCCAUUGUCUGAGAAUUCGUACGGCGCGCGAGAGAGCGCGAGUCGAAGUGAUGGCAACGCCGUGCCUCCGGUCGUUGUUCUCGACAAUUCGAACCAACCGAGCGGAUCACUGCUUGCCGCGGCGCUGCCUCGUAUCGUGGGCACGGUCUUACCGAGCGCACCGGUGGCUUCUAACACGGCCGUGCCCAACAACGGCGGCUCGCCGGGUAGCGGGGGCGACACGCCGCAACGGGACGCGGGCCCGCCCACGCCUACACAUUCGGAGAACAUCGACCCCCAUGCGCCGCCCAUACAUCUCGAAAAUGCGCUUCCUAGAAAAAUGGAAUGCCUCGGCAGCUAUUCGUCGGUGGUGGGCGGGUCGCUGCAGGGUCCGCCCAUGCUGACACCGUCGCUCGUUAACUACAUGCGCGCUGACUUGACCGCUCACGUGAACGGCUGGGCCGCCGAUAUUCUUGAGAAACAGGCCAACAAAUUUACCGAGGAAGCGUACCAGUUAGGCUGCCUACAAUGCACGCGAGUUUCAGCUGAGCUCAAGUGCUCACGUUCCGUCGUACGACACACCGAGAUACAAGCAACUCUGCAGGAACAAAAGAUAAUGUACCUACGUCAACAGAUUACGCGGCUGGAAGAGCUAAAGUCGCAGAACUCGUUUAUGUCGGAAGACUAG